UCCUUGCCCAGUAGUUCGCAACAGCGUCUGCCAUCUAUCCGCGAUAGCAGCCGCCCAUCCCGCCCGCGCCGCCAAAUCAGCGAACGCGAUAUAUGUCCAAUCUGCAACAACCAAUUCCCACCGCUAAGCGAGGGCAGUGAAGAAGCCCGCGAGGCGCAUAUCCGCGAUUGCAUCGAGAAUCAUGGUCCGCGGGUGCGAUCGUCUCCUCUAGCUGCGAGCGUACAACCCCAGCCUCAACUACCAGUGCGAAUGGUUGCGUUUACCGCGACGGAGAAGGAUUGUCUGGGACAUGAUGCUGAGGCACAAGAGUGCACGAUCUGCAUGGAAGAAUAUGAGGUUGGACAGCCGCUGGUGAGGCUUGAGUGUUUGUGCAAGUUUCAUAAGAGGUGUAUUGUGGAGUGGUUCGAGAGGAAGAAGGAGUGUCCGGUGCAUAAA